GCUUCCUGCCCCGUCCCUCACCCUCCCCCACGGGUCGCCCCCGCCUCCUCCUGCUGCCGCUCCUGCCCCCGCCGUGACCGCGGGAGCCGCCGCCGCCAUGAACGGCAAAGGCAAGGCCGGGGCGGGGCCCUCGGUGCCUUUUACCGGAGCCCCGCCCCCAGCCGGCAGCGCCGCCCCGGGCGCGCGGCGCCUUUAAGGGCGCGUGAGGGCGCGGGCUGGGCCAGGCCCAGGGGGCGGGGCCAGGGGUUGCCAUGGAGACGCGUGCUCAGCCUCGCUUUGACCCGGGAGGAGGGGCUGGGGCCGGGGGCCGUUCCCAGGCCAGCCCUUGCUGCCCGGCCCGGCCCCCCCCGGGUACCCCCAGACUCUGCCCCUGCCGCCCCCCCUACCUGGACCCUGCACCUGCGUACCCCGAGCUCUACCGUCUGAGCUUGGUGCCCCUGGGCGCUGCCGGCAUCCCCGCCGUGUCCCCGGCGUUCCCAGGUGCGUCCCUGUACCUGCCCCUGGCCCCGCCGCCGCCCCUGGGGGCUCUGGGCUCCCCCGUGGCCUAUUUCCCCCUGGGACAGGUGUACCCACCGGGGCCCACCGUGCUGCUGGACGGGGGCUUUGACACCGCGGCCAGGCUGGGCACGGGUGGCACCGCCAGCAUCCCGCCGCCGCCCGCCGGGUGCCCCCCGGGCGCCCCCCCGGUGCCCGUCCCGCCCGGAGCCGCCGUCCUGCUGCCCCCGCGCAAGGGGGGCUUCCUGGGGGGGGCUGGGGGCGGCUUCAGCCUCUGCGACUCAUGCCUGCAUCGAUAACCAAACCUCCACAAGCUCGGCAGGAACGCUGCAGGGAUGCUCAGUCGGGUGUUUCUUUUCUUUUUGGUUGUUACUUGAUGAAGAAAGAGCUCAGAUUCGACUCUAUUUUAUCUUAAUAUUUCACUUUAAUCUGAAUCUGUGUUCUCUGUGUGUGUGUGUGUGACCAUCCCUGACUGUUCCCGAGCUCGGCUCUCGGACUCUCUGUGCUGCACUGAACUUGUGGAGUUUUUAUACUAAAAACCAAAAAUAAAAUAAAGAUUAUUUUGAAAAUUUAAA